AUGGCAGAACAAUCCCCCUUUAUGCGAAUCCCCAGCGAGAUUCGACUCAUCAUCUACACCCUCCUCCUCAAUGACCACGGCCACAAGACCUUUGAGAUACGAAAUGAAGACUCCUUGAAAUACAGAGCAAGAGGUCCUCACAAACGAACAAUAUAUCGAGUCGUGGCAAGAGAUCUCGCUCGCGCAAGCAAGACAACAACCUACACUUUAGCCACCAAGAUAGAUAUGCACACCUCAAUCAUGGCAGUGAGCCAAAAGAUCUACCAGGAGGCCUCACACAUCCUCUACGGCAAUCGAACCUUUAGUUUCGGUAGAGAUAUCGAGGCUAUUGUGCCCUUCUUCUCCGAUAUGACGAAACAAAAUCGGGCACUGAUCAGAGAGAUAUCUCUUGUGAAACAGGGCUCAGUCUACUGCCGAGACUACGACCGAUACGAAUGGAAUGCCGUAUGCGAGUUUCUCAAAGAUCAUAUGCGCGUGGAGAGCUUGGGAUUGGUAGUUGAAGGCGGACGGCCAUCUAUGGGAUGGGUUGCUAUCCCCGAAUACACCGUGGCAGACUUCAAAACUCUCUCCAUGGUCAGAUACGAGGCCCUGGAAUGGGUUUGGGAGCUAUUGUCUAUCAAAGGGCUUCGGAAGCUGGAUGUUUCUGCAGAAAUUCACCACUGCCCGCCCUCCCAUUCCAGCGCCAUGUCCUUCUUCGCUGCGUUUUCGGCGUCCAUCGAGGCUGGAUUUGCGGAGUUCUUGCGGUCAGAGAUGAUUACAGGGAGUUGA